CGAGCAAGUCAGGAUUGAGAGUGCAAUAUCAAUGGCAUCGGUUCCUAACUGACAAGCCCACAAAUGCGCCAUGCAAGCGACUUACUUCCAUAAGAUCAUGAUGGUUCAUGUCUGUGAAGAGCACUGCCAGCCCGAGCAGGUAAAGGUCUGAUUCAAACUAAAGAAUGUUGAUGCUAUCGACAAGACUUUAGAAGUAGUCAAAGCAUGUACCAAGAACUUUGAAGUUGAUUCAAAACUACAAAUAAACAGACAAGCAAAAGAGGAUUCUAAAAAUUUUUCAGAGAAGAUAAUGAAGACAGUAAUAGAAUAUUCUGAAGAGAUUAGCAAAGCAAAACAACAAAAAGAGUGGAAAAUCUAUGAAUCGUUUGAUGAGAAAGUAAGAAGUUUAGUCUUUAAGCUCAAGCACAAUGAGCUUUUCAUGCAUUUCUGUUCAAGAAAUUAUUUGACCUCAAUGGGAAACCAUUUAAAAAUGGAGACAGACCAAAUUUCCCAGUUCAUUCAGAAUGAAAAUUAUCCAGAUUUAUUCCAGAAGAGAUAUGAUCAGCUAAGGCAAGAUUUUGAGGAUUUGAGAGCAGAGUAUCAGGAUUUUAAAAAGAGGGCUAUUGACAAGUUAAACCCAUCAACAAAUUUAGGGUUAACCAAAUUCUAUAGCCUCAUAACUAACAGAAAUGUGAAGUUCUCAAAGUAUCAAGGACUCCGAUUAGAUUGAGGCAAUGAAAAGGAUGCAACUUUUAUGAAAGAAUUAGGUGCCCAUAUCCUUCCAAAUUUGCCAUCUUUGAAAAUAUUCAAUAUUCAAGAUAAGAUAGGAUUAGUCAGAGAUUUCGUAAUUUCUUCUAUCCCUGAAGGAAUUAGGUUCUUCAGCUUAAACUGAAAAGGAAAAUUGACAAAAUGGAAUGAAAUUGAGGCAAUUAUUGAGCAUAUUAGCCCAAAAAUAUAUAACACGAUUGAGUUGGAGAAUAUUGACAUAAGCGAACCUGAAUUUGUAAACUUGAUCAAAAUAGUAUCCAAGAACCAAACUAAAAUUGUAUUAAUCGAUUGAAAAAUCGGGCUAGAUUCAGUGCCCCAUUUCCAAGACUCUCUCAAAGGAUCAGUUCUUUCUCAUUUAGAUUUUGGGUUUUGUAGGACCCCUGAUAAAUCUGAUUGGAAGAACCAUCCAGAAAGGUUUUCUAAUUUGAUAGAAGGGCUCUCUCAAAGCGAAGAUAUGAAGAAAAAACUAAAGUUCAUCGAUUUAUUUAACUGAGGAAUAUCCAGCGAGCAUGCUGAAAGGGUCCUUCACAAGUUUGGAUUUGGCCAUGUUGAAGUUUGGAACCUUGAGAUCUAACCUAAUUGUAUUAACUUGUUUGAUUCCCAUAAUUAUCC